AGGUGACGAUGCCGUGUACACGUGACGUAGCGUCAUUGGAAUCAUUAGCCACUCACGCCGCUGUGACACUAGUCUGGAGUGCGAGCCUUCUUUUAAACGAUUCUGAUACGAGAUCCGGUUUCCGGGCGUCGUUCACCGACCGACUUCCGAGUUCUCUCCGCGAAAAGGUGUUGGUACGGUUGAACCGUCGUUGCGGACCACACGCCAUCUUCUCGGUUUUUGACAUGUUGGUCGCUGCCUCUGAUCCCCGCCUCUGUGUGAAGCGCUUGCGGUUCUUUGAGCCGGGCAGAGUGGAAGAGAAGCUCUGGCUGGAUGAUGUCAUGGCGCUGUAUCGUGUCUUGGACAGAUGCAAUAUUGCGCCUCAACUUGCGGAAUUGAGUUUUGCUGCCAAAUUCGACCGUUUGACAGAACACUACUAUGUUCCGUUGUUCAAUGUUGGUUUCCCCCUGCUCAUAUCAAAAAUGGCAGCUCUGACAAAACUCACCAUGAUCGGUUCUUGUGAUGACAAGAUUCUGGAGAGCUUAGGGAAGCAUUGCGACAACUUGACUCACGUUGAUGUGUCAGAGAGCUGGCAAGUGACUUCUAAUGGCGUGAAUGCUUUGGUCUACAAAAUUCAAGAUGGCGUCAAAAUGGUCAACACCUGUGUCCCGAACUUUCAAGUUGUGAGUAUCAAAGACACGGAUGUUGGAGUGGAAGGAGUGGAGAGCCUCUUGUUGCAUGCCAAGAAACUGAUUUCUCUUGGAGGAUUUUUCUACGGGAAUAAUGUCGGCUCUGUGAUAUGCUCUAUGGCUGCUGCUGACAAAGAGCUUAGGUUGAAACUGGAGGACCUUUAUGAUGUAAAGCUGACAGGGGAAACUGCAAAGAAAAUUAAUGAAGUGUGUCCCAACCUGACUGCUGUUUCUACCAGGGCAGACUGCGUUUCUGCACUGACAGAAUUUGAUGGAAUCAAAAAGUUAUCUAUUGAUUUUGAUUUCCGCGUUGACGUUGACGAUUUUUUAAAUUUUGUGGAACUGAAAGGACAGUCUUUGACUAAAUUGGAAAUAACGGACGCAGUGAAUCCUUGCAACGACAUGACUGACAGCGUCAGGCGGCCACCAAGGAAUAAUAUCAUCAAAGUUGUUCUUCUCGGGGAUGGAGGAGUCGGAAAAUCGUGCCUGAUGAUGCGGUAUGUGAGCAAUAGGUUCGAAGAAAAUUCUUUGCACACGUUAGGUGUUGAGCUUCUCAAUAAGGACAUCACAGUCAAGAAUUCCGUUUACACGCUUCAGAUCUGGGAUACUGCGGGUCAAGAACGAUUCAAGAGUCUCCGAACCCCAUUCUACAGAGGGGCAGAUAUUUGCUUGCUCACGUUUGCCGUGGACGAACGACAAUCCUUUGACAAUUUAUCGAACUGGGUGACGGAAUUCGUCGCGUACGGGGACAUAAAAAAUGCGAGCAAUUAUCCAUUUGUAGUUGUUGCCAACAAGCAAGAUCUGCCUACUGGAAUCUGGGAAGUUACAGAAGACGAUAUCGCGAAAUGGUGCUCAUCUCACGGUGGCCUUCCGUAUGUAUUGACGAGUGCUAAAGACGCUACUAACGUUGAGGCUGCUUUCUCUAUGGCCGUUGAGCGUUGGGUUGAGCGUGAAGAGAAGCUCGACAAGCAAUUCGAAGAAAAUACGAUUCAAAUGAACAGCCCUUCCGUGGGUUCCUCAUCGUGUUGUUCGUGA